CGGGUUUCUCCAUUUUUUUAGCCGAAGCAUCGCUCGUUGGCUAGCUCCCUUCAAAGAACCGUUUAGCAGGCCGUUCUUUUCAAGGCUUUUUUGGCUAGCUGGCUUUUAAUUCAGCUAGCAAAAACUAUUCAAGCUAGGAGCAACACGGAGCGUCAGGAUGAAGAAGAAAGCUCGGCAGCACCGGGUGGCCGUGCCUCAGAGACCGCCGUCUCCCAUCAAGCCCUCGCCCAACAAGCAGAUCCUGACGUACGAGCAGGCGCAGCGCUUGGUGGAGUUCGAGAUGGACGGCCGCAUCCACCGCCUCAGCAUCUACGACAAGCUGCAGGUGGUGUGCGACGACGACCCGGUCGUCCGGGAGAUGGUGGAGUGCCUCAACAACAAGGAGAACGCCGACAAGCCGCAGCAGCCGGUCCUCCUUCGGUCGGUGCGGCUAAAAAACAACAAGGAGAAAAAGAACGCCGCCCUCGGCAUUUUGGGGAACGACGAAGACGGCGGGCAGCCGACGGGCGUUCAUCCUGGCCCCAAGCUUCCCGAACCCAAAUUCCGCACCGUGGAAUAUAAUCUCCCCGCCGUUCCUAAGCGACCCUCGUCUUAUUUUAAAUUCAUCGAGAAGACGGAUGAAGAGCUAGAUGAGGACACGGAGUACGAUAUGGACGAGGAAGACUACGCCUGGCUGGAUUUAGUCAACGAGAGGCGCCGCAGCGAAGGCUUUAGCCAGGUGUCGCACAACGUUUUCGAGUUCCUCAUCGACCGCUUCGAGAAAGAACUCCACCUGGAGAGUCUGGACCAGGCCAGCGAAAAGCAAGCGCCCGUCGACGAGGACGCCGUCUGCAGCAUCUGCAUGGACGAGGAGUGCCACAACAGCAACGCCAUCCUCUUCUGCGACAUGUGCAACGUUGCAGUGCACCAGGAAUGCUACGGCGUGCCGUACAUCCCCGAGGGCCAGUGGCACUGCCGGCACUGCCUCCAGUCGCCCACGCAGCCCGCCGGCUGCAUCCUCUGCCCCAACAAGGGCGGCGCGGUGAAGAAGACCGACGACGAGCGCUGGGGCCACGUGGUGUGCGCCCUGUGGGUCCCCGAGGUCGGCUUCUCUAACACCACCUUCAUCGAGCCCAUCGACGGCGUCAGUCAAAUCCCGCCGGCCCGCUGGAAGCUGACGUGCUACAUCUGCAAGGAGAAGGGCGUGGGCGCCUGCAUCCAGUGCCACAAAGCCAACUGCUACACCGCCUUCCACGUCACCUGCGCCCAGAAGGCUGGCCUCUUCAUGAAGAUGGAGCCCAUCCAGGAGGUUACCGACACGGGGGAGGCCACCUUCUCCGUCAAGAAGACGGCCUACUGCGGAGCGCACACGCCCAACGGCUGCGUGAGGAGGCCGCUGUCCAUUUACCACGAAUCCAAACCCAAAAACGGGCUCUGUAAGAAGCUGGACAAAGGGAGGGGGGACGAGAAGGGGCAGCAGAAAGGAAAACAGAAGAAAAAGAGCAAGGGCAAGAAGCCCGAGCCCGAAGAGGAAGUGGAAGCAGUGAUUCCCGCCGUGGUUCCUACAUUCCCAGCACACAGGUUACAAACCAUCCUGAACCAGGUCUCCAUCCAGAAGAAGAAAGCCUUCGUGGAGCUGGUCUUGAACUACUGGACGCUGAAAAGACAAUCCAGGAACGGGAUGCCGCUCAUCAGGCGCCUCCAGACCAGCAUGCAGUCCCAGAAGAACUCACAGCCGAGGCAGAACGAGGAGGAAAGCAGGUCAUUGAAGGAGCAGCUGAAGGAGUGGCACCGCCUCCGACACGACCUGGAGAGAGCUCGCCUGCUGCUGGAGCUGAUCCGUAAGAGGGAGAAGCUAAAGAGGGAAGAGAUCAAACUGCAGGAGUCUCUGCUGGAGAUGCAGCUGACGCCGUUCAGCAUUCUGCUCCGAGUCCUCCUGGACCAGCUGCAGGCCAAAGACCAGGCCCGGAUCUUUGCCCAGCCUGUCGACGUUAAUGAGGUGCCGGACUACCUGGACCACAUCAAGAACCCGAUGGAUUUCUCCACCAUGCGGCAGCGCAUCGAUGCCCAGUGCUACAACAACCUCGAGCAGUUCGAGGCCGACUUCAACCUCAUCGUCAAUAACUGCCUCAAGUACAACUCCAAGGACACGUAUUUCUACCGAGCCGCAAUCCGGCUCAGAGAUCAGGGCGGGGUCUUGCUCAGAAAGGCCAGACGGGACGUGGAGAAGAUCGGCUUCGACACGGAGAGCGGCGUGCACCUGACGGAAGCUCCCGAAGUCAAAGCCUCGCCCUCGUUUUCUUGGGAAGACGUGGACCGGUUGCUGGUUCCCGCCAACCGCGAGCAUCUGCCCCUGGAGGAGCAGCUGCAGCAGCUGCUGGAGAAGUUCGACCUCACCUGCGCCAUGAAGUCCAGCCCGUCGCGCAGCAAGCGCCUCAAGCUUCUCAAGAAGACCAUCAACGACGUGCGCAACGAAAUAAGCCUGAAGAAAGUGGUGCCGUCGAGUCAUCACUGCUCCUCUGCAGCGCCGACCUCGUCAGCUCCCACGCUUCCAGAACAAGAAAAACCCAAAGACGAGAAGCCCAAGUCCAACGGGCAUUUUGCAGAUGAUGAAGCAGACAAGUCCCUCCCUCCUAAACUGGAGCCGUCAGAUGCGGCGCCCCCACUCAUCCACUCGGAUUCAGACCCGGGACCCCCCACCCUCAAACCAGUGGAUGCCGCCCCGAACCGCGAGAACAAGGCUCACAGCAAGCGCCCCAAGCUGGACGCAGAGUUACCGGACCUGCUGUCCUUUCCUCCGCGCCUCAACGGCCACUCCCACGGCGGGCUGGCGGUGCUGGACGCAGACGUGAGCGUGAUCGCCACGUCCACGCUGGCCGAGCCCACGGGCACGGUCAACCGGCGGACUUCUGUUCUCUUCCGGAAGUCCAAAACCGCCACCCCCCAGGUUUCCUCCAAGAGCGGAGGGGAGGAUUCGGACAGGCUGGACGGGAAAGACAACGAUCGGGAAGAGGACGACGGCGAGCCUCUGAGCUCCAAAUCCAUCCUGUCGGUGGUCAUUCCGCGGCUGGAGACGCUGCUGCACAGCAAGAAGAGGAAACGCAGCGACAGCAGAGACGACGACGAGGACGGGCGGGCUGAGAACGAGGAGGAAACCAAGACUCCCGUCAAGAAGCUCGACAGUGGUCUGUCCAGAGCGCUUGUGGAGAAGGAGAAAAGGCCGGAGCUGAACAGCCGAUCCGUGGAGCCGCGCAGACGCUGCGCCUCCGAGUCCUCCAUCUCCUCAUGCAACAGCCUGCUGGGAAGCACCAUUCCCAGUCUUCCCAAAUGCGGGAAGGGCAAACCCGCUCUGGUCCGUAGGCACACGGUGGACGAUAAGAGCGAACUCAUCGCCUGCAUCGAAACGGGGAACUUUGCCAAAGCGGCGCGGAUCGCAGCAGAGGUUGGCAACAGCAAUAUUUGGAUGCCUGCUAGUGCUGCAACCGUUGCAUUGGAACCCCUAAAGCUAGUUUGGGCCAAAUGUAGUGGAUACCCCUCCUACCCCGCCCUGAUUAUCGACCCCCACAUGCCUCGUGUUGGCUGUCAGCACAACGGGGUUUCCAUCCCCACCCCCCCCAUGGACGUGCUGCGCAUCGGAGAGCAGAUGCAGUACAAGGCCGAAGAGAAGCUCUACCUCGUCCUGUUCUUCGACAACAAGCGCAGCUGGCAAUGGCUUCCUAGAUCCAAGAUGGUUCCUCUGGGGAUGGACAAAACCAUCGACAAAAUCAAGAUGAUGGAAGGACGCACAUCCAGCAUUCGGAAGGCCGUACAGAUCGCCUUCAGCCGCGCCAUGAACCACCUGAGCAUCGUGCAGGACGAGCCCGUCAGUGACCUCAGCGACGUGGACUGACGACGCCCUCGGGAAGCUCCACCCUUUUCCUCGGCUCCUCCUCCAAUGUAGAAGGAGUGCGUCUGAAUCCCCUCCCCCCACAGCUCCGGGUCGGUCACUGUGUCCAGAAACGUUUUCACUCCAACAACUAUUACUGUGACUUUUCAUGAUUUCAAAACAAAAAGUUGAUUUUUUUGUGAGUUUUUCUCAUUAAAUCAGUCAGAGGUAUCAAGAAGCCAACUAUGAAGUAUUUCGACUCAUUUCAGUUCUUUUUAAAACAGAUUCCUCCGAACCAUGAACUAUAUUUUCAAGGCGGCUUCAUUUCCAUUUUUGUGUUUUUUUAUUUUAAUUUAAGCUGUAAUGAAUCUGUAUAGUGGUGUGACACUAACUUAUUUUGUAGUGUGGACAUUUAUGGGUACUUCAGUAGUAUUUAUACUUCUUGGCACAAACAUGUGGUUUGCCUGUGCCGUGUGACCAAGAACAAAGAGGGAAUCAAUAUUCAGCUUCCUUCAUGGAAAGGAAAUUCUGUGUUUUUGCUAAGUAUGAAAGCUGCUUCUUCUUCUUUUUUUUUUUCUUUUAUACGGUUUAAGUUAUUGAAGUUUAUAUUAUAACCUUUCCUUUUUUGGCAUUAAUCAUUUGUAUUAAGAAUAGUCUUAGUAUAUUUUUGUCUAUAUAUAUUUAUAUGAUUUGAAUAUUCAAUGUGUGCAUCUCAGUGGCAUGCAGCCGAACAAUGUGGAGGCGGAGCUUGUUCUGAAAAACCAAAAAUAGUGCUACCCAGAAGUGUUUUUUUUUUUUGUUUAUUGUCUGAUUAAUGUGAAAUUGAUCUAAAAAAAUGAAAGAAAUGCAAAAAAAAAACCUAAACAUUAGUUUAUUUUUAUGUACAACAUUUGACUGUUACCUAAUUUUUCUGUAGUGGUAAAGAAAUGUGCCUGCGUUAACUUAUUGUAAAGUAUUCACAGUACUUUAUAUACCACAAAAGAAAUUAAUGUGAGGAAGUGUCGCAUUUUGUGCUGGAUACUUGCCUUUUUUUUUUUUAAAUAUAACAUUUUUUUAAAUAUUUUUUUUUGUAGAUGUAGUCGUCAAGACAUUUCUUUUUCUUUCUUUUCUUUUCAUACGGUUGUCCAUAUUUUCUGGGUAGCAUGGGGUAGGUUUUUGUAUAUUUCCUUUUGUACUUUAGUAAGUGGGAAGGGUUUUUAAAAGGGGUUACAAAAAAUACCAGGACUGUUUUUUUUCUACCAAAAUUUAAAUAAAAAUACAAAUAUAGAUUAUUUUUGUGGUUUCCUUUGACAAAAUUAAACACAUUUCAAAACAACA